CUGGUGAGAUGGCAGAUGAGGAAGAAGACCCCACCUUUGAGGAAGAAAAUGAAGAAAUUGGAGGAGGUGCAGAUGGUGGACAGGGUAAAAGAAAGAGACUUUUUUCUAAAGAAUUCGUAUCAGAAAGGAUUUUGCUGUUUCUUUUCCAAUGCCCCACUGCCACACACAGAGAAAACACUCCUAGUAAAGGCUGAGCCAAUGCUACUCCUCCCGUCCCUGCCGUGGAGUUUCCUACUCAAAGUACGAUGUAUGAUGUAUGGGUUUGGGGAUGACCAGAAUCCUUAUACUGAGUCAGUGGAUAUUCUCGAAGACCUUGUCAUAGAGUUCAUCACUGAAAUGACUCACAAGGCAAUGUCAAUUGGAAGACAAGGUCGGGUACAAGUUGAAGAUAUCGUCUUCUUGAUUCGAAAGGACCCAAGGAAGUUUGCUAGAGUUAAAGACUUGCUUACAAUGAAUGAAGAAUUGAAACGAGCUAGAAAAGCAUUUGAUGAAGCAAACUAUGGGUCUUGACACCUUUUGUACUUUCUGAAGCUUCGUUAUCUUUUGGGGAAACCAUAUAUAAUAACUGUAUGUUUUCCACAAUAAGGUCCUGAUAUCUAGCCAUGUAAAUGAAAGAUGGGGAAACACCAAGUUUCAGCCUUUAUUUUCAUGUCUUCGAUUUUAGAGUGAUAUUUGAGCGGUCAAUUGCCUGCCAUUAUAUUACCAUACUUGAAGUACUUACUGGGUUUUAAUGACCACAUGUAAAUUGAAGUACCUUGCAAACCCUUAAGUUCCUUCUGACUUUUGACUCUGUAAAUGAUAAAGUAGUAUUUAUGUAUCAGGUGUACCUGUAUCCUUUGUAGGCUAUACUGUAGCUGUUUAAUAUGUGAAAUCUAAAUGGCACCUUUGACUUUAUAAUAGCUAAGUCAUUUCAUGUAUUCUAAAGUUUUUAGACUACAGUAAUCUGAGAGGUUAUUAAGAUAGUGAACUGGUUUGUGUUUCUUUUAAGGAGAGGAUGGAGAAGAGGAGAAACAAGAGAAAAUGAGAAAAAUACAGUCUUUUCUAGGAGUGUUUAUUUGUCUUAAGACAAUUUGUGUCAAUAUUCUUUUAGAUAAGUGAUAUUUUUUUUUUUUUUUUUGGAGAAACUAAGUUUCACGUGAAUGCUUCCGUGUUGGAAGCUUUUUUGAUUUAAAACCUUUUGGGCUUAGGAUAUACUACUUGUCAAGUUUUAAGAGAACUCAUUUUCUCAGGUCAGAUUAAAGCUUCUAAAAGUAAAUGCUUUCAGUAACAGGAAUGGCAUUGCUCAAAAAGCUGAUGGCAGGAUAAGCAUUUGGGGUAGUGUUUUAUUAACGUAUUUGUCAGUACUUGUUCAUUGUGGAAAUGUGUAUGUGACUAAAACCAUAUGAGACUACGGAAACCACUUUUGUAGUUCAGGAUAUACUGGUUUUGUGUGUAUUUAGCUUAUUGUAUAAAUUAUUGCACUUAGCUUAAAAGAAGGAUUAAAAUUGCAUUCAAAGGGGUCACUGAAUAUUACUCUGUGAAACAAUGUCUUGUGUGCCACUUAUAAACAUUAUCUAUAAAUCAGUACUUAGGAAAAUUUUAUUUUCUUAACCUACUGAUACAAGGAAUAAAGUAUGAAAAAUUAGAAAGAUUAA